AACAAAAAGCCCAUAAUAUAAAAAACCAGAGAGAGAGAGACAAAACAGUGGAGCCAAACAGAAGAUGUCGUAAUUCAGGAUUAGGUUUACUCUCUCUCCCAAACUCCGCCCAAUCUCUCUCCCUCUCUCCGCCGCGUGCAACUGUAACCGCUAACGGUACUCUGUUUCUUACUCUCAUCUUCUUCUUCGUUGUACUUAGAGGAGAGAGCUAAGAAGAUGAGUGGUCAAAUCACUUGCAAUGAUCGAACAAGAACGUAUUGGACUCCGACAAUGGAACGAUUCUUUAUAGAUCUUAUGUUAGAGCAUUUACACAGAGGAAACAGAACCGGUCACACUUUCAAUAAGCAAGCUUGGAACGAGAUGCUUAGUGUUUUCAAUUCUAAAUUCGGGUCACAGUACGAUAAAGACGUGUUGAAAAGCCGGUAUACGAAUCUUUGGAAACAGUAUAAUGAUGUCAAGUGUCUUCUUGAUCAUGGUGGUUUUGUUUGGGAUCAGACUCAUCAAACUGUGAUUGGUGAUGAGAGUUUAUGGAGUUUGUAUCUUAAGGCUCAUCCUGAGGCGCGUGUUUAUAAGACGAAACCGGUGUUGAAUUUUAGUGAUUUGUGUUUGAUUUAUGGGUAUACUGUUGCUGAUGGGAGAUAUAGUAUGUCAAGUCAUGAUUUAGAGGUUGAAGAUGAGAUCAAUGGUGAAAGUAGUGGAAGUGUUGUUAUAUCGGGUAAAGAAAGCUCGAAAACUGAGUGGACUACGGAAAUGGAUCAAUACUUUAUUGAGAUUAUGGUUGAUCAAAUUGGAAGAGGUAACAAGACUGGUAAUGCUUUUAGUAAACAAGCAUGGACAGAUAUGCUUGUUUUGUUUAAUGCUAGAUUUAGUGGUCAAUAUGGGAAAAGGGUUUUAAGGCAUCGGUACAAUAAGUUGUUGAAGUACUACAAGGAUAUGGAAGUUAUUUUGAAAGAAGACGGGUUUUCGUGGGAUGAAAAUCGGUUAAUGAUAGCUGCGGAUGAUGCCGUUUGGGAUUCUUACAUCAAGGACCACCCACUUACGAGAACGUAUAGGAUGAAAUCUUUACCGAGUUACAACGAUUUGGACACAAUAUUUGCCUGUCCAGCUGAGCAAGGGACUAUGCCUCAUCCAGUCCAAGGCAAAGAUCAUAGAGAUGAUGGUGAGACUAAGGCCAACCAAGUGCAUAAUUCUGACCGGACAAGGACAUUUUGGACUCCGCCAAUGGACUACUAUCUAAUUGAGUUAUUAGUGGACCAAGUGAACAAUGGGAAUAGAGUAGGGCAGACUUUCAUAACGAGUGCUUGGAAUGAAAUGGUUACAGCUUUCAAUACCAAAUUUGGGUCUCAACACAACAAAGACGUUCUAAAGAAUCGGUACAAACACUUGAGGAGGUUGUACAACGACAUAAAGUUUCUUCUGGAGCAAAAUGGCUUCUCAUGGGAUACAAGAAGAGAUAUGGUGCUUGCAGAUGAUGACACUUGGAAUACCUAUAUACAGGCAAUGCCACAUUCUUUUCUUUUUAAGAUCUCGGUUAUAUGGUUCUGCUUACAAAUGAAGCAUGUGCAGGCACAUCCAGAAGCUAGAUCAUAUCGAGUUAAAACUAUUCCAAGCUAUCCAAAUCUUUGCUUCGUUUUUGGGAAGGAAACGUCGGAUGGGAGAUACACACGUUUGGCUCAAGCUUUUGAUCCCAUCCCGGCAGAAACUGUGCAGAUGAUCGAAAGUGGAAGCACAGAUGGAUUUAAAGAUACUCUGGGAGAAACUCACGGUAUCCAGAUGGUGGUUUAUACCAGCAAUGAGAAAAAUGAUUACACCUGUAGUAAUAUUGGUCCUCCCUGUAUAGAAUGGACACGGGUCAUGGACCGCUGUCUUAUUGAACUUAUGCUAGAUCAGGUGAAUAGAGGAAAUAAGAUUGGUGAGACAUUCACUGAGCAAGCUUGGGCUGACAUGGCAGAAUCCUUCAAUGCAAAGUUUGGGUUACAGACUGACAUGUUCAUGUUGGAGAAUCGUUACAUAUUGAUGAUGAAAGAGCGUGACGACAUCAACAAUAUCCUCAACCUUGAUGGCUUUACUUGGGAUGAAGAGAAGCAAACCAUUGUUGCAGAAGAUGAAUAUUGGGAAGCAUAUAUCAAGGAGCAUCCAGAUGCAACCAUAUACAAAGGUAAAACAUUGGAUAGUUACGGCAAUUUGUGCAAGCUAAAUGACCAUCUCUCCCAAGAAAGUUUCAAUUGUGAGAAUCUCAUGAUCGAGUUGGAAAACUAUGGAAAUGAGAUGGAAAUAGUUGAUGACUUGAGUUCACUCCACAAGCAGCAGAAUAAGCGAACCAACCCAAUAACUCCGCCUUUGGGGCUAGUUGUAUGUAAGGCUCAGAAAACCGGAGUAGAGAUGAGGAAGCCUCUGUGUGAAACAGAAGGUGACAAUGAUUGCACCAAGCCCAUGCCUCAGAAUGAAAUGUACUCAAGAAUAGGAAGUGCCCUUGAUGCAUUGCAAGCUCUGCCUGACAUGGAUGAUGAACUUCUGCUGGAUGCUUGUGAUCUUUUGGAAGACGAGAGGAAAGCAAAGAUAUUCUUGGCUUUGGAUGUCUCAUUACGUAGGAAAUGGCUUGUGAGAAAGCUUCGUCCUCCGGCUAAUUUUUAAGCCAAUGUGUAUCUGCCUCUCACUUUCAAGCCAAACAAGACCAAGAUAAAACCCAAGUUCUUAGCACAAUAGAUAAAUAGUUUCGGU